AUGGAGCUGCUGGGCCCCAUGGCUUCUGGAGACUCGAUCAACGGCAGCACGCCGGAAGGGAAACUGAGUCCCUUCAACCCCGAGCUACUGAACAUGACGGCCGAGGAACUGCGCGUGAGAUUCCUGGGUCCCCGCCGGUCGGGUUUCUUCAUUCCCAUCUGCACUACUUACCUACUGAUUUUUGUGGUGGGGUCCGUGGGCAACAUUAUCACUUGCUUGGUGAUCGUCCAGCACCGCUUCAUGCGGACGCCCACCAACUAUUACCUGUUCAGCUUGGCCAUCUCGGACCUCCUGGUGCUCCUCCUUGGCAUGCCGUUGGAGAUCUACGAGAUGUGGAGCAACUACCCCUUCCUCUUAGGAGCCGGUGGCUGCUGCUUCAAGACCCUACUCUUCGAGGCCGUGUGCUUUGCGUCCAUCCUCAAUGUGACGGCCCUCAGCGUGGAACGCUACAUUGCCGUGGUCCACCCGCUCAAAGCCAAGUACGUGGUGACCAAAAACCACGCCCAGAAGGUCAUCCUCAUGGUUUGGAUCUUCUCCAUCAUCUGUUCCAUCCCAAACACCAGCCUACACGGGAUACAGACUCUCUACGUGCCCGGAUGGGGUGUAGUUCCCGAUUCAGAUACCUGCACUCUGGUGAAGUCCCCCUUGGUCUACAACCUCCUCAUCCAGGUCACUACCAUUAUCUUCUUCUUCAUCCCCAUGGCCGUCAUCAGCGUCCUCUAUCUGCUCAUCGGCCUUCAGCUGCGGAAGGAGAAGCUGCUGGAGGCCCUGGAGGCCAAAACGGGAAGCCGCUCCGACUACCACAGCGUCCGUCUCCAGCAGAAGAAAGCUCGGCGGAGGCAGGUGACCAAUAUGUUGUUCAUGCUGGUGGUGGUGUUUGGCAUCUGCUGGGCCCCCUUCCACACCGACCGGCUCGUCUGGAGCUUCGUCACUCACUGGACGGACCAGAUGCAGCACAUGUUCCAGUACGUUCACAUCCUCUCGGGGGUCUUCUUCUACCUGAGCUCGGCCGCCAACCCCAUCCUCUACAACCUGAUGUCCAGCCGCUUCCGCGAGAUGUUCAAGGACGUGAUGUGCCGCAGGCGGUCCCGGAGAUGGAGGUCCCACAAGCGUUCGCCCAGCAGCCUGCGCACCACCGUGCGCACCACCGUUUUGGAACACGUCCCAGGAAGCCAUGGGCUGCCCCUCUCUGAUAUGGAGGACAACGAAGGGGCCCCAGUAGGAGACAACAUGGAUGAAUGAGAAGACCCCGUAUCUCUGAGGGCUUUCCCAACGGGUCAAUCUCGUCGGGGGGCCUUCAUGCAAGGAGGCGAAAGCUGGUGGCUACAAUUACAGGAAGUCCUCGACUUACAACAGUUCGUUUACAAACGGCACUGCAAAAAGCGACUCAUGACCGUUUUCCACACUUACAACCGUUGUCGCGUGAUCAAAAUUCGGACCCUUGGCAACAGACUCACAUUUAUGACGGUUUCAAUGUCACUGUUGUGUCUCGCCCAAUCUCACCACAGCCGGGGCCUGCUUAUCUGCUUCCGAACGCUGAAGAAUGUCCUAGUAUGCCUCCCGGCCCCAGCCCUGGCUCCAUGCCCAGACAGGCUGAAGAGGAGGAAGUACCUCCAGCCCCCAGCUCUGGCUCCAUGCCCAGGCAAACGGAGCAACUAGACC